AUGAUUCCAGACUAUAUCACUUCAUCUUAUGAAGAGGCAAAUAAUUUUGCCCUUGUUGGUUCUGUUAGAGUUCAUGUGAUUAAGGAAGGACAAUCUAAUUCAGGAAAUGAAUCUGUGUCUGGAGAUGAUAGGCAGGAUGACCAGUCAUAUAAGGAACAGGAUGACCAGUCAUACCUGGGUAUGUGUGAAAGGUAUGAUGUCCUUUUUACUGAAACUCCCAAGCUUAAGGAAAGAAAUCUCUUACUUGAAGAAAAGGUAAAGAACCUGGAAAUUCUUAAUUGCAUUUUUAAAGAAGCAAAUAAUGAAUUGAGUGAAAAUGUUGAGACCUUGGAGAGUGAAAGGGAUUCAUUGAUUGUCAUUAAAAAUGACAUUUCAAACCAAGUGAAUGUGCUCAAGGAAAACAACUUGAUUUUCCAAGCCUCCAACAAGAAUUUGUUGACUCAGAUAAAUGAGGCAAAUGACACGGUGAUCAAGCUUACCAUAGGGGCUAAAAAAGUGAAUAAAAUGUUGAAUAUGAGUAAGGUUCAUGGAGACAAAACUGGUUUUGGUUAUGGUUGUUCUAGUUUAUGUGUUCCUCCUCCUUUGACCACAUUUGUCAAGGAGUCAAAUACAAAGUUUGAUGUUUUAGAGCCAACUAGGACUCAAAGAUUCAUUCCUACUUGUCACCAUUGUGGUGUGAAAGGUCACAUUCGACCUAGGUGUAAUGCUCUAAGGAAUGUGUCUAGAGCAACCAAUGCAAAUGGCUUUAAGAACCAUGUUUCAUCUCUUAAAACAUGUGAGCUUGCAAAAUCUGUUCUUUGUGAAAGGGAUAAACAUUCUUCACUUGCAAAAUUUGGUUUCCCUAAACCAAAAAGGUUCAUUCCUACUUGCCAUCAUUGUGGCACAUUAGGACACAUAAGACCAAAGUGUUUUGAGCUUAGGAAUUUUGAGAAAAAGUCUUUUGUUCAUUUCAAGAAAGUAAAUGAUGACUCACUUCAAACUCAAGUGAAUGAUCUUCUUUAUAAAGUUGUCAAAAUUCCUAAGGUGAUCUCUUUGCCUCAUAAAGUCUCAAAAGUGAAGCAAGUUUGGAUCAAGAAGGAAGACCAUGUUCUUCCUCAUGUUGGUGACUAG